CUGCAACAGGGGUCCAGGAGAUGGUGGUGUUUUAUAGGGGUGAUUAUUUAAAUUUCUGAAAUCCAAUCAAUGCUGGUCCAGACGCAUCUUGAAAAUCCAGCAAGAUACCACAUUCAGCAAACUCAGAGGCAUCAGGUGAAGCAGUACCUGACCCUGGAUACCAAGCUGUCUAGCCAAACCUUGUCUCUGUCUCAUUCAAUCCAUUCCUCAGGCACUACCCCCAUAUUAAGGAGUGGGCAUAUGCCUCCAACCAGUGAUAUCAGCGCUUCUGGGAGUCCAGUGGCCAAGUUACUCACUCUUGGAGGAGACCAUGAAAAUGCGAUGGAGGACGUUAUUGAUGACAUCAUCAACAUGGAGUCAAGCUUUAAUGAUGAAGGGAUAGGCUGUUCUGAAGCACCACUGCUCAUGCAGAGAACUCUUUCAAGUAGCAUUCUGGAUAUAUACAACAGUGACCAAGGAAUGCCAACAGCUAAUAUGGGUCUCACCAAUACAUCCUGCUCAUCUAAUUUGCCUGUUAAAAGAGAAAUCACAGAAACAGAUACACGAGCAAUGGCCAAGGAGAGGCAAAAAAAGGAUAACCAUAAUCUCAUUGAAAGAAGAAGAAGGUACAACAUUAAUUACCGGAUCAAGGAGCUUGGCACACUUAUCCCAAAGUCUAAUGAUCCUGAUAUGCGCUGGAACAAAGGAACUAUUUUAAAAGCAUCAGUGGAGUAUAUCAAGUGGUUACAAAAAGAACAACAAAGAGGCCGAGAAUUAGAACACAGACAGAAGAAAUUAGAGCAGGCUAACCAGCGACUUUUGCUUCGAAUUCAGGAACUAGAAAUUCAAGCACGAGCCCAUGGCUUACCAAUCAUGUCUUCUAUCAGUGCUGUAGAUUUAGCGUCCCAUGUCAUGAAACAACAGGCAUAUCAAGAAGAGAAUUCGGUAGAUUAUGCACAACAUCUUUCGGUGGUCCAGCAACAGCACUCUGACCUCAGUGACAGAUCUGCAGCUUUUUCUGAUCCCCUCUCACACUUCACAGAUCUGUCAUUUAGUGCUGCUUUAAAAGAACAGCGGUUGGACGAAAUCUUACUGGAUGAUACAAUAUCACCCUUUGGGACAGAUCCACUCUUAUCUUCUGUAUCUCCGGCCAUGUCCAAAGGGAGCAGUCGAAGAAGCAGCUUUAGUUCAGAUGAUGGCGAUGAUGUAUAACAUGGAAAAAGACUCCAUAGUUACAGUGUUCUUGUUCAUUUUGCUUGUACUUCAGUGGUGCUGUAAAAAGUUAGUAUUGUUGUCAUUAGAACCUGUUUUGGAAUGUGAAAUAUAGAGGCAGGAAUCUGCUGCAGAAAACUGAACAAUAGGAAGAGAAGUAUGCCAUGACUUGGAAGUCAUCAUAUCUAAACUUCACAGCCGAUGUUGAAACUGGAUCUUGUCUGUUCACUAGCAGUGCUAAAGGAAGCUUGGGAAAUUUACAUUUUUUGGAUUACUAAAUUCCCCAGCCAGUGAUCUGGGCAGUUGUAAAAGCAAGCAAGCAAGCAAGGGCAAUUGUCCCUAAAGGCAGGUUUCCUUGCAGAAUUAUGGUUUUUAGCAUGAGGAGCCAGACCUACCAUGUCUCCCUGAAAACUGAUAGCAGACUGAAUCUGAACUCAUCUUAAGAAGCUAACCUGUUCUGAACAACAGUUAUGAAACUUUGGGACUCUAAUAUAUAAUUUUCUGAACUACCCACAGAAUCUUGGUGCACAGCCAGAGGAAGAUGAAUUAUCAUCAAAAGCUAGCUGUCUGCUGUUUGCCUUGUUUUUUUUUUAAAGGAGUCUAACAAAGGUAUCUUACUCCCUCCUCGUUUCUAUUCCUGAUCACUGUGUAAGAAUGGCACCCAUUCCCACACAUUAUGCCCCUGGGGUGACAACACUAUUUUUAAAGUAUAGGAAACCUAUUUUUUGGGCUAUGGCUUCCAAAAUCCUCUCUUGGGCUUUAACAUCUAGUGGCCACAGUGGCUGGGAAAUUCUGGGAGUUGUAGUUCUAACUCUUCCAAGCUCUGACUGUUUCACUGUAUAGCACUGUUCUGAGGUAAAUUGUAGUUUUUCAGAAUGGGCAUUUUAGAAGUACAGUUCCUGAAGAAAGACUCAUAUGGAAAGUUAUAAGAUGGGAGAGUGAUGAGGAUUCGAUGGCAUAAGUGAUGGGAGAAAGUCCCCCUAAACUUGCAGAUUAUCCUGAUCAUCUCAGGCUUUUUAAAAGCAUAUGAACAGAUGUAGUUUUGUUCUGAAACACUGCAAAACUGGCAACAUUCUUUUAUAUGUUUCUGUGAUGGGCACAUAGAUGCAAAGUACGUUGCUUGCCUGUAAAGCAGACAGCAGAUGUUUGUAGAAUGUAUUGUGAAUAUUCAUUGGAUUAUUAUAAAUUAUAAGGCAGAGAAUGCUGUUUUAAAAAUCCGUUACUUGGAUAUUCCAAAUAGUUUAGUGCAAGGAAAGAAAGAAAGAUGGUUUUGGGGGUCAAGGAGAACAAAGCAACACAAUACAGAGUCCUUGCACUUGCAAUGUUACACACUGUGUAUAUUGAAAUGGUUCAAAAAGCAGGAGUUCAAAAGCCCUUCAUCCUCCUCAUUGGAGGCAGCAGUGAUUAAUCUUUCAUUUCUAGCUAUGACAAUUGCAGCUAAAUGAAAUGUAAGAUCUAUAUCUUAUUGACUUUGCUAAACUGUAGCCCAAGUCUUUUGAAUGGUACAACAUAUUUUUGCUAUCCCUAUACUGAAAAAAAAACCUGGAUGAAGGGGUGGGAUGUACAUUUUUAGAUGACAAAAUCAGACUUCCUGCUGAGACUUCAUUCGUCUAGAUUUACUAUCCAAAUACUGAAGCCAGUUGACCUUAUUAUCACAGUGGACUAUUAGUAUAACUACCUAUAUGUUUUAUGAUAGUGAUACAGUGCAAUGGACUUUCAGAAAGCAUGUAGAUGGAUGAGGCAAUAGAGGUUUAGCAGUGAGAGUGCAUGAGUUACAUCAUUUUUUCAUCUAGUGCAAUCCUGUAAUGUGGGCUCUUGAAGUAAACAAACUGAAUAAUUCUGCAUGAAAUGCUGGCAUACAACAAUAAGAAAUAAGCUGCAUUCUUUGAUUUUAUUGGAAUGCACUCUGGUGUAGAGUGCAAUAUAAAUAAAUAUUAUUAUUAUUCAUUGUGCCCAACCUGGAUCACAGAAAACUUUAGAAAGCUGUUUCCAAAUAGUGUUGCACAAAAAUCUGGAUCAUGUUAUUUUUACAAAGACAAGAGGUAAGUCCUUAUAGGAGAUAAAUCGAAUAUGGAUAGACUACACAAUUUUCUCUUUCAAAGGACCAAGGUACUGGGUGAGUUCUCUGAACUCUCUUGUUUUUAGGAGAUCCCGAUUUAUCUCACACCUCCACAAAACAGACAAAAUAUACAUGCAUUCCAGUUUCCCGUGUUCACUUGCAUUUUUUUAAAUGUAACUCAGUUGUGAAAAGCUAGCAAGAAAAUUCUCUGACUUGUUGCAAUAAGCAGCAUUCCAGCGUGAUUUGCACCAAUCUCAGUAAUAAUUGCUGUGCAAAUUGUGUUAAAUACCUGCAUUGUGCCUUUGGCUGCAAGACUUGUGCCUUUUUAUUAUUUCACUGAGACUCAGCACCUAGGAAGCUCAAGCCCUAGGAGAUCUCAUAUUGAGCUCUUUAUAGAAAGGAGAUGGAGCUUUCCAUCUUAGUUCAUGCAACAUUUCCAGGAACAAGAAAGGAAGAUAGACUGGAUUAAUAUUUGAGAGGCUGCUACCAGUGCAGUUUAUGGGAAAUAUGAUCAAAAGGCUUCCAAUGCAGCUUUAAUCAAGUCUUAGUAAUAAGUAUGGGCUCUUCAUAUGGUAGAGGGUGUAGGAACAUUUCACUGGAAUAUUCAUUGGAGCAGGAGAAAUGGAUAUUUUCUGCCCUUUUCUCUCGUAACAGAUAUACCAGACUCAUCUUACUCCUCCAGUACACAUGAAACAGUAAAUACACUGUUAUUAAAAGUGUGUGUGAGAGAAUGGAAAUACGGCUGUCCUGUUUAAUUCAUGAAAUGGACAUUGAUAGCAAUCAGACCCAUUUCUUUUUUAAAAAAGCAAUCAAAUGCUAAAAUAUUUUCUGGCCUACAAUGUAGAUAUGAAGUGCUAAAUAAGUGAAUUUGUUUUUUGAAAAAAGAAUGUUUUUGCUUUAUAGUUUAAAAGAUGAAUAAUUCAGGCAGUUAAUCUUAAUAAGAACAUUGUUAUUAUAAUACACUUGACUGUUAUAGGACUGUAUAUAAAAUGGAGGGUGUAAAAUUAUUGUAAUUUAUAAUUAUGUUAAGUCUUUUUAGAUCAGUUAAAGCAUUUGCAUUGCUAUUGUGAGACAGUAGAAUCAUUUUUAUAGUGAUUGCUGUUUUUCCACUGUUAAUAUAAUCAUUGUUUUCUAAGUAACU